AUGGCUUCGGUUCGAGCUGCCUCUAUUGACUGGUCAAAAUUAACUGUAACUUUAGGUCUAAAAAAAGAAACUAUAACAGCUUUACAGGCUUUUCGUAAACGUAAUGACGAGGCAAAACGCGUUGUAUCUGCUCUUAAACAACAAAAAACCGACAUUGAUUUCGAGAAUUAUCGAAACAUCUUAAAGAAUAAGGCAAUUGUAAAUGAAGCUGAAAAUGUUUUAAAACAAUUUAAACCAACAAAGGUUGAUCUGGAGGCACAAUUGAAAAUUGUUGAAACUUUUGAAAAGAAAGCUAUUGACUACGCAAAAAAGACAGUUGACAAAGUUGAUACCGAGCUUCGGGACUUGCAGGCUACUUUGACAAACAUGGAACAAACGAGGCCUUUCAAAGAUAUUAGUGUUGAUGAAUUAGUUAAAGCUAAACCGGAACUCAAUGAUAUUGUUGAAAAAAUGGUCAAAAAAGGACGUUGGACGUUUUGUAACACCAGAUACCCUUAUGAUUAUAUGAAAUUUGCCGAAAAAUUAAAUGUUCUUAGAUCUGGUAUGUUAUACGAAACCGAUCGCUGUCAAAAAGUGCGUCGAAGGGGAAAUGGCCGUGACUGGAUAAGUUUAAGAGUCUAUCGCUAUAUCAAAUUUAGCGAUAGACGAUUAUAUAACGAUAAUUGUAAAUACGAG